CCGCCAUCUUACUAAAGGAAUCUUGAGGAACAUCAAUGAUCAGCCUGGAGCGGGGUUUUGUAAACUCCAUCUAAUCCUUCUCCCCAGCGAUGCUGCCUGGCCCGCUGAGUUAUUCCAGAAUUCUGUCUGUCUUCGGUGUACUAACCGCAUCUCCUUCCUGCACAGGUUGAAGCUACUUUUGUUCAAAACCAUGUCUGGGACUGAUGGACUGUAUAAUUGUAAGGACCCUGCUGUAUGGAGGUCUGUUCUUGCUGUGUACAAGGAUGUGGUUGAAGCAAAGGCAUCCAAAGGUGGGAAGGCAGGAAAACUCGCAGCACUGGAUAAAUGGUACCAAGAAGAGUUACUGGAGACUGUCUGCAGUCGCACAGAGAAAUUUCUCACUCAUGCCGAGCUGGUUCAGUUGAUGGAAUGGAAGCUGACAAGAGGUAAAUUCCGCCCAAUGCUGCAGAAGAUGGUCACAGGUAAUUCCGAGGACAGUGUGGAGUCAUGUACCCGUAAAGCUUUCAAGUUGCUACCCGAUGUGACUGCUGCAAUCCAGGAACUCACCAAGCUAAAAGCUGUGGGGCCAGCCACAGCAUCAGCUGUGUUGGUGACAGGUGCUCCUCAGGAUGCUGCUUUCAUGGCAGAUGAAGCAGUGGAGUCAAUCCCAGGCCUGGUUCCGAUUAAAUACACACUUAAACAUUACAUCCUAUACCUGGACAAGGUGAGGGAGUGUGCAGAACAACUCAGCACAAGUGACUUAGUGAAUGACUGGACUCCUCACAAAGUAGAACAGUGCCUUUGGGCCUGGGCUGUGGCCCAAAAAGUCAAGCCCUCAUUGAUAAAGAAUAUUAUUACCUCUCAAAACAAACCAUCAAAUGAAGAAAAAGGCACAGAAGGUAGACCCAGGAAAAGACAGAAAGUGCAAUGAUAAUCAAAGUCAUCCUUUAUCUAUCGAGCCACAGCUAUGAGUAAGAAAAAUUAAUAUCUGUUUUUUGCAAUCCCCGAACAGUGCAACCAUUAAUGAAAUCUGAAACAAUUCAGUGAAACCAAAUGCUAAGGCAUGAUAUUGGGCUGGUGGGAAGAGGCAGGAAUGCUAUAUCGUUCCAUGGUUUCAUUUUGUAUUCACCGAUGCUUCUAGUUGAUGGAUGAUGCAAACUUGGACGAGAAAAAUAUAACAAUUGCGUAUUAAUGAGAUGUUUGGAGGUUUUCAAAAUCUGAACUGGAAGGUGUAGACAAUGUGAUUAUCAGGAAAUCCCAAUGUCUCUGCAUCUCAGCCCUCAUUACUACACUGUCAUUAUCUGCGGAUAUAACCAUUUGCAGACCUAAACAUUCACAAAGCCAGCCAUGCAUUCUGGAGAAUGUGCGGCCAGAAUUAUGAUUGAGGACAUGUGGUCAGAAACUUAAGUAGGUUUGCAGCCAAGAUUUGUAGUGUGGACUGAUGUUUAGAGUGCGUGUGUUUCCGCUUGCGAAACUCAAUGUGUUUUGUUUCCCAUGCUCACUUUAAACUCGUAGAGAUUCAAUGUCCCACACUCUAUUAACUCUCCUAAUUUACAAGAACAUUUAUUAUAUUUGUGUAUCAUGUAAAAUGAAAUAAUAUUGCUGGGAAAUAUGAGUAUUGACCAAUGGUCCAUAUAAUCUGUCAGUUCAGCCCGAUCAGAGUUGUGCUGUAAAUGAAAAGUUUAAAGCUCAAGUUGGAAUGUAGGUUGUCAUGAAGAUCAUUAACACAGUUUAAUAACAAAUCAUUUUUCUUUUUUUUCUUUAUUUGCUGAACCCAGCAGAGGGUUCUUGUAAGUCGAGCAAACAUUCUGUAUUAUGAGACUGGUCAGUUGUGAAAGCUAAUCGCCCAUGGAAAGGUCUUCAUAACGGCUCUGUCAUGGGGGAUUCUACCAAUCAGUUGUUGUGAUUUGUGACUGGAGUCCAACCAAACUCGGACCGCUGAUAUCCCCCUAUGCCUUUGGAUUUGUGCUCAUUUGUUUUGCACAAGAAAAAUUGGUUUUCUACUGCUUUAGUAAAAUCGGGAAUCUGAAGGAUGCGAUUUUUUUUUUUUUUUUUUUUUUUUUUUAAAACUUCAACCACAUGCUUCCUUUAAAUUAACUGUUUAUUCCAAAUGAGAAGAUUGUAUAUGUUGGGAACAGACUAUUGAGAUAUUCCCUGGGAAUUCUCCUGCAUGAUUGUGUUGUAUUUCUGGGAUACCCCUGGAUCUUCGAGUUCCAAAAGGCAGGCAUGAAAAUGAUUUUGAAACUAGUUUUGGCCCAUAUUUUCAAUUAACGCGUUUGUUAUUUUCUUCAAAUUCAUGACCUGCUAAUUCCUAUUCUACAUAUUUACUUUGUUCUGUUUUAUAGCUAGUAACAUUUUUCCUUUUAUUGCUUGCUCGGUGCACUUUCCUUUUUGCGCCAUCUGUUCAUUGAUUAGAAUUGCUGAUUGAUUUUGCACCAUGUUUGUGUGCACAUGACAUCUUCAGUACAACCAAUGUAACUCUGCAGUGGAGCUCUACAUUGUAAAUGCCAUACUUCAUUUUGACUUUGUAUUGUCAAUUCUCCCAUAAUAGUAUUCUGCUUUGAGCUUUCUUUUAAAACAAAAAGUUCAUCUCACUCAUUUUGCAGUAUUUAUUUUCCCUUCUAAUAAAAUUCUACUAAUUGAAUGUAAAGAA